AUGAAUGGUUAUUCACUAUGGUAUUUACAUGGCGAAAAAUAUCCAACACUAGAGAUUGGUCAAUGUUCAAACCCAAUAUCAGCUCAACACGUGGUUCAAAGUUCAAAUCCUGAAACGGGUGAACACAUUAAUAACGAUUUUGGUGAUUAUCGUAGAUACGAGGAGAUGGUCAUCGAAAGCAUGCAUCAACCUGAGGCUUCUUAUUAUAAACAAACACCACACCACCCAAAUCUUGAAGCUCAAAAUUUUUAUAAAAUUUUGAAACAAGUGAGUGAACCUUUAUGGGACGGGUGUACAAAAACUUCCACACUCGCCGCCACCACUAGAUUAUUGGACUGGAAAUCACAAUCUAAUGUUUCAGACACGUCAUUUGAUAAACUACUUUUGAUUGUUAAAGACAUUCUACCAUCUGGCGAGAAGCUUCCUAAUAGCUUCUACGAGACCAAGAAAAUGUUGAAGCCACUAAAAUUGCCUUCAGAACGGAUUCAUUUUCACACUCAACAAUACGGUGAGGGUCGUGUGACGAAUAACUUUGGAGUAUGUGUGAGAGGGGAGACGUAUAAUGCCGAACAAGAGUCAGACUACUAUGGCAUAGUGCAAGAGAUCUUAGAGAUUAAGUAUUAUAGCAGCCGACCCUCGACUGUUGUACUUUUUAAUUGUAUUUGGUUUGAUAACAAAGACGGUGUAAUAGUCAACAAAAACAAGUUGAUUGAUGUCAAACCCAACUCUCGACUUCAAACUGACGACCCUUUUUGUUUGGCAUCACAAGCCGAACAAGUGUUUUAUACCUUAUACCCUUCAAUGACAAGGGAGACUAAAGAUAAGUGGGCGGUGAUCAAGAAAAAACCAAGAGGGGUAUUUGAAGUUACCGAAGCUGAAAUGGAAGCAAAUGAAAUCUUUCAGGAUGAAGAACGAUUUGAGUCACCCCUUACUGUAACUCGUGCAGAACGACUGUGCCUAGCCUCAACUACAAAUAUGUAUGAGCAAAUAUCUGAUGACGAGAAUGAGAGAAUUAGGGAGGAAGAUGAAGAAGUGGAAGAUUUUGAAGUCGGAGAUGAUGAAAACGAGUUGUAUUAUUCAGAAGAAGAAUUUGAAGACGAAGACGAUGAGGACGGAUGUUAG